AUGGAGUUGGCCAAUGGAACUGAUGUCACAGAAUUCAUUUUGCUGGGAUUUGCAGGAGGGCAAAAGAAACAUCUGUCGUUGCUCCUUUUUUUGACUGUUCUUUAUGUGGUCACCUUGGCUGAGAACAUAAUCAUUAUCACACUGGUGGUUCUAGACACCCACUUGUCACGAAUUCCCAUGUAUUUCUUUCUGAGCAACUUCUCCUGGCUGGAGAUGUGCUACGUAUCCACCACUGUACCCCGCAUGCUCUUUGAUCUGGUGACCCGUCAUGGGAAAAUUUCCUUCCAGGCUUGUUUUCUCCAGUUCUACAUCUUUUUCUCUCUUGGUGGAAUGGAAGGUUUCUUUCUCUCAACUAUGGCUUUUGAUCGGUACUUGGCAAUAUGCCACCCACUACGUUACCCACAAAUUAUGUCCCAAAGUGCCUGCAAUACCCUUGUGGCUGCUUGUUGGAUUGUUGGCUUUCUGUGGUUUAUUAUACCAGUGAGUUUGAUCUCCAAGUUGUCCUUCUGUGGACCAAAUGUCAUUGACCAUUUGUUGUGUGAUCCUGGGCCACUUCUGUCUCUGGCCUGCCCGCCACUAGGAAAUGUUCCUUUCGUCCAUCAGAUUUUUGUGAAAACGGUGGUUUUCAUCAACUUAUCCUGCAUCGUGCUGUCCUAUAGCAUUGUGAUUUUCACUCUGAUGAAAACUGCUAACCAAGGCAGUUGUAGGAAGGCUUUCUCCACAGUAUCAUUUCACCUAGUAGUGGUGACUAUUUUCUAUGGUUCUGUAGCAGGUGUAUACUUAGCUGAUCUAGGUGGAGAAAGCCACUCAGAAAGCCAAGUCAGAAAGGCAGCAGCACUCUUUUACACUGCCAUCACACCUUUCCUUAACCCCCUGGUCUACUGUCUGAGGAAUGAUCAGAUGAAAGAGGCAGCAAGGAAGUUGUUCAAGAGAAUGAAGAAAUGA